AUGGGAUACCCACCAGCUAGCUUCCUCAGACCAAACAACAUUCUUCUCAUAAGAGGCUUCAUGAUCUUGUUCUUAAGCUGUGUAACUAUCAAAAUAAACCUUUGUUUUUCCAGCAUCCCUUCUACAUUAAAAGCAAUUCCCCUUGAUGGGCAUUUCAACUUUGACGAAGUUCACCUUGCAGCCAGAGAUUUUGGCAACAGGUACCAGUUCCUCCCAGCAGCAGUACUGCAUCCAAAGUCAGUUUCUGAUAUCACCACUACUAUAAAGCAUAUUUGGCAGAUGGGUCCUCAUUCAGGGCUCACAGUUGCAGCUAGAGGCCAUGGCCACUCACUCCAAGGCCAAUCACAAGCACAUCGAGGAAUUGUGAUUAACAUGGAAUCGCUCCAAGGGCCAGAUAUGCAGGUUUCCACUGGAAAUUCUCCAUAUGUGGAUGUCUCUGGUGGUGAGCUGUGGAUAAAUAUCCUGCAUGAAAGCCUGAAAUACGGGUUAGCACCGAAAUCAUGGACAGACUACUUACAUCUAACUGUUGGCGGUACUCUAUCUAAUGCAGGGAUCAGUGGUCAGGCAUUUCGCCAUGGCCCCCAGAUCAGUAAUGUCCACCUGCUGGAGGUUGUAACAGGAAAAGGGGAGGUUGUAACUUGUUCGGAGAAGCAGAAUGGCGACCUCUUUCACGGUGUUCUUGGAGGACUUGGACAGUUCGGCAUUAUAACCCGAGCAAGAAUAUUGCUGGAACCAGCACCUGAUAUGGUAAAAUGGAUUAGAGUGCUAUACUCAGAUUUCACGACAUUUGCAAUAGACCAAGAACAUUUAAUAUCUGUAGAAAAGACGUUUGAUUACGUUGAAGGAUUUGUGAUAAUAAACAGGACCGGCCUGCUGAAUAACUGGAGAUCAUCAUUUAAUCCGCAAGACCCAGUUCAAGCCAGCCGGUUCAAUUCAGAUGGAAGGACACUCUUCUGCCUGGAAUUGGCCAAAUACUUCCACCUAGACGAGACAGAAGUAGCAAAUCAGGAAAUUGAGAACUUAUUGUCUCAAUUAGGCUAUAUUAAGUCAACACUUUUCCAAUCAGAAGUUACGUACCUAGAAUUCCUGGACAGGGUGCAUGUGUCCGAAGUCAAAUUACGGUCAAAAGGCUUGUGGGAAGUUCCACACCCAUGGCUCAAUCUUUUUAUACCUAAAAGCAAAAUACACGAUUUUGCAGAUGAAGUCUUUGGCAAUAUCCUUACAGAAACAAGCAACGGCCCUAUCCUCAUCUAUCCAGUAAACAAAUCAAAGUGGGACAACAGAACGUCUAUUGUCAUUCCAGAGGAAGAUAUUUUCUACCUAGUCGCAUUCCUUACCUCUGCAGUUCCCUCUUCAACAGGAACCGAUGGAUUAGAACACAUAUUAACUCAGAACAAAAGAAUUCUAGAAUACUGUGAAACAGCCCAUCUUGGGGUCAAGCAAUAUCUGCCCCACUACAGUACGCAGGAACAGUGGCGGGCCCACUUCGGCCCACAGUGGGAAGUUUUUGUACAGAGAAAAUCUGCUUAUGACCCAUUGGCAGUACUUGCUCCAGGCCAAAGAAUAUUUCAAAAGGCAAUAAUGUUCUCAUGAUAGUGGCCUCAAAAUAUAACUUUUCUUUUUUAAAAGAAGAGGCCCUUACAGCAUGUGGGAAAUUGCGUCAGCCACAAAAAUUGAUAAAUAUUAUAUCAUAUGCCUUUUCCUAUAAGACAAGUGUAACAUUGAGGCUGCA